UUCAACACAGCGCCAGUCGGUUACUGGCAGGCGCUCGAGCGACAUGGUCCUAGCAUCUCCGUGUUGUGUUCGGAAACGCACUGCCUUUGUACUGGGUCUAGACUGAGUGACGCGUCCGUUGCAUCCGAGCGCAGUGUACUGUGUUCUGAUACAUGUAUCAACAGUCAAACUUUAAUUUCUAAACUUUAUCUAUGUGUCAUUUAUAUUUUUUUAUUAUUUAAAACCUUAUUAAGACACUUUAGUGCUUCUGAAGUAUGGAUUGAACAAACAAAGGAUUUUCCCAAGAUGAAUCGGAUACAUCAGAGGUAGACGCCAGUCAUCAAAAUGGGCGUACUGACGUUUAUCUGCGCUGCUGUGGCUUUUCUGCUCUACUACAACACACUGGACGCCGGAUUUGUUUACGAUGACAGGCGGGCAAUACUAUCAAACCCUGACGUGAUGGGCCACACGACCACGGGGGGGAUGUUUAACCACGAUUUCUGGGGAACUCCGUUGAAUGACCCUGGCUCACAUGGCUCCUAUCGACCUCUAUGCGUUCUCUCAUAUCGCAUAAAUUACAUCUUCAGUGGAUUCAAGCCAUACACCUACCAUCUAAUAAACGUUUUGCUACACUGUACAGCGACGAUACUAGUCGUCAUGUUAGCUAGGAUUUUAAUGCCAACAUAUGCCGUAAAAAUUGGUACUGCUGUGGCAGGACUCACGUUCGCAGCACAUCCAAUCCAUACGGAAGCUGUUGCAGGAAUAGUAGGAAGGGCUGACGUAGCCGCGUGUAAUUUCUUAUUGUUAAGCUUUUUACUGUACAGAAAACAUGUAUGGCUACGUGACAAGCGUGAACAAGUGUGCAUAACGAGAAUAAAGAACCUGAAAAAAUUCGUUCCUCAACAAAACCAACCCGAACAAUCAUUUCAGCUGAGUUGUCACGGAUUGUUGCAGCAUAUUCUGAUAAAUUGUUACCGUUUCACAAAAUAUAGAAAAUCUGGACCUUUGAAUGUGUUAAAUACUAGUCAAGAAAUAGACAAAACAGGGAAAAUGCACGCGAACGGAAAGACGCAAACGAAAGCCGUUAAAUCUUCUUUAAAAUCAAAUAUGAAAGCGAAUACAAAGACAAAUGUAAAAUUUAAUCUCAAGCCGAACGUAAACGCGGAUUAUUAUGAAAAUGUUAGUGAAAGUGUGUGUGUAAGUGAAGCUGUAAGUGAUAUUGUGCAGUGGUGUGCGUUGGGAGGAGCGGUGGCCUUCGCUGUCGCUGGCACGCUCUGCAAAGAAUCUGCUUUAGUGGUCCUGCCUCUUUGCAUAUUCUAUGACGUCCUAAAAGGCAUUCGUCAAGAAGCUUUCUAUUCGAAGAAUCGAUGGCGCAGUAUUAUGGCACUGGGCGCUGCUCAGGUUAUAUUAAUGCUCUGGCGAUUGAAAUUUGUUGGAGGAUUCGCCCCAGUUUUUGCAGCAGCCGACAACCCUACAGCCAGAGAGAAAUCUUUCCUGACGAGAUUCUUAACUUUUUCAUACUUGCCAGUUUUCAACUUUUUUCUUUUAUUAUUACCUUUACAACUGAGCUUCGACUGGUCAAUGGAUUCUAUACCAAGAAUAACUAGUAUUUUUGAUGCCCGAAAUAUAUGUACACUAAUAUUCUAUUCAUCUUUGAUAAUAAUUAUCGCUAUAACAAUACAAAAUUUAUUAAAGAAACCGGAUGAGACUGUAUCUAAAAGAGACGGAAGAUAUGCAAGCAAAAAGCAGAAUACGAAAGCAAAACAUAAAAGACAUCAAAGUAGUAAACAGAAUAAGAAAGCAUCAGACAGCGAGGAGAGAAAAGGCAGCCGUGUGUACAGAGAGUAUGAUACACCGAUAUCACUGGUGUGUUCGUGUAAAGGUUGCGGGUAUCCCUUAGCCGACACAGAAACAUGUGUUAGUGGUGGGACUAAUAACAAUAACAUUCUGAUGUACAAUUACGACUGCGUUUGCGCUUUCCCGAACACAAAGUGCUUGGCAUUUAUUAACUCCAGGAGAUACCAUUGUCACGGCCCUCACGUAUCAAUGUUGAUGAUGCUGGCUUUUAUGAUCUUUCCAUUCUUGCCUGCCACUAAUUUAUUUUAUUACGUGGGCUUUGUUGUUGCUGAACGAAUUUUGUAUAUGCCCAGUGUUGGUUUCUGUUUAUUACUUGGAUUUGGAGCUGGCGUUAUGACGAAGAAAGGCCACAUGCUCGAUUGUCAAACAAGCGUAGUUAUGAUUCUUUUACUGAUCGUUUUCGGCGCUAUGUGCGGAAAUACAGUGAGGAGAAGUUGGGACUGGAAGGACGAGGAGACCUUGUACCGCAGUGCGGUGCAUGUCAACCCACCUAAAGCUUAUGGAAACCUGGGCAGUAUCAUGAUUUCUCAAGGAAAACUAGCGGAGGCGCAAGAAGCCUUCGAGAUGGCUCUUCAUCACAGGCCCAACAUGGCGGAUGUCCACUACAAUUUAGGAAUUGUACUGCAGACUCAAAAGCGUUACAAUGAAGCAAUCAAAAGUUUCAACAAUGCAAUCAGCUACAGGCCAUCAAUGGCACUCGCCUACGUAAACAUGGGGGUGUGUCUCGUAGCUGAAGGGAGAUUGGAAGAUGCGGCGAAAAUAUUACGAGCUGGAGCAAACUCAGACGGGACGAGUGUCCGCGACCGGAGAGAAAACUUUUCAGCGAAGAUUUCAGCGCUCGUCCAACUUGCAGCGCUUCAUAAAGCUGUUGGGCGAAUGGAGGAAGCGCAUUCUGUUUAUGAAGAAGCGCUAGAAAUGCUGCCUGAUCACUAUGAGCCGACCCAGGGAUGGACGCGAUCGAAUAUUGAAGCAAUGGCGGAAGAGGUUUUCGAUGUCAUCAGAAAAACGAAAGGUCCACAAACGGUUGUUAAAUGUGGUGAAGUUGAAAAACCUAUUCCGAAGGACGCAGCGAAAUUUAUUUCGUUAGCGGAGGGCAUUUCACGAAAUGUAAACAAACUUGGCGAAGCCGAAAAAAUGUUUAAGAAGGCUGUAAAAGUAGCACCAAAACAUCCAUCGGUUCGCGAACAAUAUAGUAUUUUUUUAAAGUAUUGUGGGAAAUAUAACGAGUCGGCCAGGCAAAUGGUCCGAGCAGCGAAGCUGGCACCAGAGGACGGCAGGCGGGCGUGGCUCGCGGGACAAGCGCUACGAGACGCUGACCGCUCCAAAGACGCUGAGAAGUGGUACCGGCGCGCUGUCGAGCUGAAACCAGACAAUGCUGACUACCAGUCUAACCUCGGCGCUAUUCAUCACAUAAACGGGAAAUAUGCUGAAGCAGUGUUAGCGUACAAUCGAGCGCUAACACUCGUCCCAGACGACGAAAUAAUUUUGACCAAUAUGAGGCGAGUGGCGUCGGUGAUAGCUAGAAAAUACUUCAAUGUAAAUUAAAUUAUAAAUACAGAAUACGACACAUCAAAAAUAGGAAGUCAAUUGCCAAAAUUAGUAGAAGUUUAAGGGUGAAUUGCAUCAGUAAAUUUUGACCCUGACUUUAACUUGCGCGCCGCUGACGUUUAGAAAAACAUGGUCGUCACAUCACGCUUUUUCGCGCAUGUUACAGUUAACGUCAAAGUAGAGUGGUGCAAACCACUCUUAAUUAGUUCAGAUCAUUUAUGUGAAAUGGAAUUUUUUAUUUAUUGGUUGUUGAUAAAAGCAAAUAUAUUAAUCAGGAAUGUUUUUUAAAAGAUAUAUCAUGCUGGUGUAAUAAUCUAGUCACCCAACCAUUUGAAGGUAGAUAGAUGCAUUUCUUUUACUUUUUGAUUGGACUCAAGUGUAUAUAAAAUUAUUAGUACGAAGAUUUGUCACAUUAAUGAAUGCAAAAUAGAUUGAUUAAUGACGAAUGAAAAACAAAUUAAAAGGCCUACGACUUCAAUGUCGUUUUAUAUAAAAAAGACAAAAAAACUAGUUAGAAAUUUAUUGUAAAUAGACUUUAAUAUAAGACGUUUUAUACAUGACUGCAAAUAUUUAUCUAUUUUUAAAUCGUUAUGUCCAAAAUGAGAAUUUUAAUGAAUGGUAAUUUAUUUACUUUGUCUUCCAUUCUUUUUAAGCAAUUUUUCAUUGUUUAACCAACGAAUAUGCUGUUUGAAUUCACACGUUUUAUUGAAUCAUGAUAUACUGUUAGUUAUUUUAGCUGUGAUAACAGACAUAUUUUUGCUUUAACUUUUAAGGGGAUAUUGUUAGUUUUGCAAUGCAUUCCAAAAUUGUUGUUCUAUGUUGGAAAAAUGCUGUACAAUUGGAAUUUAAUAGUCAAUACGAAUAUAUUCAAUAUAUAAUAAUUUGAAAUGAAAAAUAAAAUUUCUAGGAAAGGACACAAUUAGUGAGUUUUGUUUUUCAUAUUCUAUUUAAAUAGGGACAAAUGAAAGUCAAUGGGGGAGACCAUUGCCCUACAGGACGUCAUAGGUAAGAUAAAAAUAUAUUUUACUAGCUCUUGCCCGCGGCUUCGCCCGCUUGAAUUUCUCUUCGAAAAUGGAACGGACAAAUAAGAUUUUCAUACACCCAACUUUUAUCCCAUUACAGUCAUUGCGGGGUUGAUUUUGAAAAAAAGUAGCCUGUUUGAUCGGUGUCUAUUAUAACUAUUUGCAUACUAAAUUUCAUCAAACAGACAUACUUUCGCAUUUAUAAUAUUAGUAUGGAUUUACUGAAAGUGCCUAAGCGUUAUUUAUAUCAAAAUAUGUUCAUUACACUACGGCACGUAACAUUUAAUGGAGGAGAACCUACAAAGCAUAUGCAUAUUAACUCGAGAAUUGCAAUUAAAUAAAAUCAAUGAGAAUCUCAAUGGCGCGGUAGUUAGCGGGCUUGACCUGUGAUCUCUCCUCAUAGUCGAAUUCCUCAUGGCUGAGCGUCGUGGUCAUUACGUGGAAUGAAACACACAACAAUUUUAUUGGCACUAUUAGUGGAGUGGUUUGCCAUUGAAACCUGUGAUAGUGGCGGUUAAGUUAUUCUCACAAUGGUCGGUCGUUGAAAAGGUGAUAAAUAUGUUAUCUUGAGGCCAGUUAUAUUUAUAGUCGUCAAAACCCGCCAAUCCGCGUUGGGCCCUCGUCGUCAUAAUCAUGGAAUACUCCUUAUCCAUUCAUAAGGAAGGCCUGUGCCCCACCAGUGGGUACGUUAAAAUGGCUCUUGAAGAUCAGUUUUAAAUCAGUCAAUAAAAAAAUAUUCGUAACCGCAUUAAUCUAAAAAAUAAUAAUAAUGGAAAACCGUUUUUACAGGGUUUUCAUGUUAAGAAUCCAUAAGCACUUGUAAAAAGUAGAUUAAGACGCAAGUUUUUUUUAUUUUUAAAUAAAAGUUAACAUUGUUUUCAUUUGGUAUUUAUGUUUUCCCUCACACAUGUGACAAUAAAAUGUAAAAUACGCUUUGUAGUUUUAGCUAAAUGCCAAGGUUGAUAAUUCAGUUUCAUUAAAAUGUACUGUAAACUUAACAACAUUACUGCAAUUGUGGGAGAUUAUACUGUAAAAUCAAUAAAUAUAAGGAUAUAUUUCUUUGCAUACGAGUACAUAAGAAUGCAUAUUGUUACAAUUAUGAAAGUGCAACGUUUAACCGUAUCAUAGGUGUGCAAAAUACAGUGACAGAUAUGCGUUGCAAAAAUUUAUAACGAUACUACAAAAAAUAAAGAAAUGGAAUUAAUAUGGAAUUCUUUUAAUGUACUGCUCGAUUAAAAUAAAAAGAUUGAAGUCUGUGGACAUUUUUGUACCUAACUGCUUAACAUCUAAAAUGACAUAUAGGUACAAACUUAUAAUUUAUUAAUGUUUACUGGCCUAAUAAUUUAUUCAAAGAAAUAUUUUGCAUAGUUAGUGUAUAGUCGACCGCGUGUUAAGUUAUCCUCGUGGAUCUUUAUGUAGGUAGUAGAAUUCAAUGAAUUUGGGUAACUUGAUUUGCUGUCUACUGUACAUGAAAUACUUGUAUCAGGUAAUCGGAUCUAAUAUGUAUCUACCUACACAUUUAUUUACACGUGUAUUAUGUAAUAUUCAUAGGAGAUCGUCUGACGUAUCAUGCAAUAGAUAUUAUAUUCUAAAUCCGUUAAUUACCUAUAUAAUAAUAUGUGGUUAUGUAAUGUAACAUUCUAAUGCUGAUGGAUGAAAUUCGUAAUAUUUUUGUGAACCCUUGUUUAAUUUGAUUUAAAUGGUUUUGUUAUACACAUCACAUGCAUUUAACAAAUUUGAAAAAUAUUUAAUGGGAUGAACUCGAGCGGAAAAUAAUCACACGUCCUUGCCUAGUAUGAGUCCUAAUUUUAAUCUCAAUAUAUUAUAUCAAAACUCAUUUAAUUUGUUAUACUUGUUUUUUUAGUCACUAUGGAGUUGAUAUUACCACCCAGGUGAUCAAGUGAUUAAAGGCCGGUGCGCACCUACUGCGUAACGCGCAUUUUAGUUUUAGGGCACGGCCUAAUUGCUCCGUUGUCCUCCAUUGCUCUUACGUCCGAAAAGAAGACAGCAGAAAUUGUAUAAUAUCGACGCACGUCAACAUUAAAGUCUUUGGAAACGGAGCACAACGGAGUGACAAUGCGCUAGGUCGACGCAACGGAGCAAUGGGGCCGGGUCUGUAUCUGGAAAUGUUACGUACUUAUAUGGAGUUGCAUACAAAAUGUGCAAGCAAAAGCGUUACGGAUUUGGUGCACACCCAAGACCUAACCAUUGUUUAUUAGUACAAAGAUGUAAAUAUAUAAUAAUGAUGUUUUUUUGUAUAUAUUUAAUAUAUAAUUUAAUUAAUGAAAUAUUUACUUUCAAUCUGUUGGUGACAGUACGAAUAAACAAUGGUAACAAAUACCUUCAAUAAUUCCACGUGUAAUGAACCCAUAAAUUUUGUUCCGUGUAUAUGAAUUUAUAAUAUACAUUUAAAAGUAAAACGAUCACAAAAAUAUAUUUUCAUUUGUAAUCAUUCGAUCACAACGCGUGGUCAGUUACAUGUGGUCCUAUAGUUGAUAUCCCAAGAUUUUGAUAGUAAGGUAUUGUAAAAUACUACUCAAUUUCAUAUACAUAUUUACAUGACAACGGCAGAGCCAAAAUACAAAUACAUAUAUAAACUACUCCAUAUGUUAUAUUAACCAAAGCAUUUACUUAUUUUUUAAAUGUUCCCCAAUUUACUACUUAGUUAACUUCUAUACUUCCGAUAUUAUACUUCUAUUAUAUAACAUUUUUUGAAGUUAUAUAAACUAAUACAAUAGAAAUUUUGAACUGUAAGUUAUUGAAUAUUGAGGAAUUGUAUUCAUAAUUUGUUUGAACCAUAUACGGCAUAUACAUAUUUGCAGCGUUUAAUAAAUGGAGCGAAAUCCCAAAGUGAUAAUUAUUUGUUGGAUUUUUGUAAAUAAAGGCUUCAACGUUUUAAUAUUUUUUUUUAUUUAUU